UCAAUUUGCACAUAUAAAUGCGGUGAAAAAUAUUUGAAGUGUUAAAGAUAUCCAUUAAAUUGUAUUAUCGUAUCCCAAUCUCCUUUCAUUUCUCUUCGCUGAAGGGAAUGCGGAGAAAUUUGGAAAGGAUAGUCUGAUUGGACUAAUGAAAUAUCCAAUGUUUAGGUGCUAUUUUACGUUUUCUUAUCUUUUAUACCAUGUAAACUGUUACAUAAAUAUUAAUGUUAUAAAUAAAAGGAAGCGUUUCUUAAACAGUCCCAGAAAUGAAUUUAUUAUUUCAUUUUCAGUCCAUGUAAUUAUCUAUGUGUAACGUUGUUUGCUAUUGGUCUAUACAGUCAUGUGAUUAUCUAUGCAUAUUACCGCGGUCGAUGAACUGGACUGUGCGUCAGUGUCUCUUGUUCGUCCGUUUUGAGUACAAAUAUGCAUUAUUCAUAAAAUGUUGAACACUGGAAAACAUAUAACCAGGUCUGUCUAUAGACUCUUCAUGGCAGUGUUGUCGGAUGAUUGGUGUAAAAGAGUCGAAUGAUCAUGUAAUCUUCGACUUGAUUGAUAAAUCCACUGACUUGAAAAGCUCGGACGGUUGGAGGCAUGAACCAAUGAUCAAAAUAGAACGUAGCACGACUGAAAGAAGAUAUGCAAUGACAUUUUAUUUCACAAUUCCAAGUGGCAAUGUCUCCCUGUCCCGCCUGGAACAGUUUGCCAUGGAGAGAUUGCAGUUCUUGAUUCAGUUAGCUGCUUGUAAAGGGGAUGUAAUACAGGCAACAGACCUCUGCAUGCAGUUGCAGCAUGUGGAACAUUCAGAAUGUCUUAUACAGGGAACAUUAAAAGAUAAAAUUUCUCAUUUUGUAUUAAGACUGGCAAGUUGUACAGAUGCUGGCAUGGCAGAUGUGAUAUUUUAUGCAGAAACCCAGCUGUUUGCUUUCCGUCUCUCUUGUAUGACAAAAGAAGAGAAACUCGCCUUUCUUACCUCCUUGUCAAAACACAUGAAGGGGCGAGAUCUUGAGUCAGUUAAGCACACCACAACACGGGGGGCAUUGGCAGUCCUGGCAAACAUACUCCAUCAGAUGUCUUUGACAGAAUUAGCAGACACAUGGGAUGAAGGAAGAACAGAUAGAACUAUUUCUGUCCCAUUUCUGUUUGCCCUCAGUUUGGUGGCUAAAAGAAAAGUGAAUCUUCAUAGGGGAUGGGCUGAAGUCCCCUACUGUAUGCUGAAUGACAUCUUCCAGUCUGUGUUUAGCUAUUUACUCCAGUCUGCCACAAAGAAGGCCAAAAAGCAAAUGACCCUCAUGAUGGAAGAUGACAGAUUUAACAAAUUAUUUCACAAGUUGAAGGAUGUGUUUUUGAGUUACUCCUCCAAGCAGAACUGUGGGAUCUCCUGUACUAAAGUGCCUCUCAGAUGUGAAGAUGUCGAUGCAGAGACAGAUUUCUUUCCUCCUUGUAUGCGCCACCUCCACCAACAGCUGAGACAGCGACACCGGCUGUCGCACCACUCCAGGGUCAAGUACACCCUGUUCCAGAAGGAAUGUGGCCUUCCUGUCCAUGAAGCACUGAGAUUCUGGAGAGAGGAGUACUCACAGGAACCCCACCACAGUGCAGGCUGUAGACAUAACUGGCGUGAAGAGAGGGACAGGUAUACAUACAAUAUCAGACAUUUGUAUGGACUGGAGGGUGCCAGGAAGAACUACAGAGGACACGACUGUGACACUAUCCAGAAACAGCAACCAGGGCCAAAUGAGGAGUGGGGUUGUCCUUUCCAGCACUUUGACCAAGCUAAACUCUCAGAAAUCAUGGACAUUGAAGACAUCUCACAGACUUUCCAGUCCAGAAUAUCACACCUGUCUGAACAUGGUGACCCCAAUGCUGCAUGCAAGGUAUAUUUCCUAGCCAAGUUAAAAAAGAUGGCUGAUAGGAAUUGCAUAGAAACUGAUCUUAAAACCUGUGAUUGCCAUUGUAAUGAAACAAGACAACGGAUCUCUGCUGGCUGUAAAUGGACAUGUGAAGACACUAGGACAUUGACAGAUGUGACAGAGGUCAAAAGAGAUCAGUUGAAUAUAGGGGAGAAAAAGAAGAUUGUGCCAAAACAAAUAUCCUGUUCAAAUUGCAGAAUUCUCUGUAAUAGGACUCCUUUUGACAAAGUGCCAUUGCAAGAAUUUCAUAAACCACAUGAAUAUUACCAGAACUUCAAAUUUUUGUUUGAAGGACUAACAAGUGUUAGAGAUAACAAUGUUGAUGUUGAAUCCACCUUUUGAGUGAGGUGCAAUUAAAAAACCAAAAGAUUUAUUUUAGAUAUCAUUUUAGCUAAAGGAUGAAUGGUGCAACUGUUGAAAAGUAUUUUAAUGCAUAUAUAGUAAGUAAAUAACAAAUUGAGGAAUUAUUAGUUUUAAAACUUUAUUUUCACAAAAAAUAAAAAGCCAGGAAAAAAACUUUU